AUGCUGCUCAUCCCUGUCGCCAUCAUUGCGAUAUUUCUUGGUGUCUGGUUUGUCCAGCGAGAACAAACCUUUGGUACAAUUGCUAUUAUUAUGAGCUACCUUGCCUUGAUCGCGUAUCUUAUCAGCCGAAUUGUGAUUCUGUCUUCGGCAAAUACAGCCGGCAAGAGCAUGAUGUUGUUUUUCGCCUCGUUGUCCUUGGCACUGACUGCCGCAACGGUUGUCUGUACUGCUAUUUGCAUCACAAACUUCAAUCGGGGGUUGACAGCCAUUAACCAGUCAAAAAGUGCCAACGCUCGGGAUUCAUACCUUUUGUACAACAUGACCUCGUCCGCAGAGUUGUCCCCUGGUCCUCCGCGCCCCUACUCUCGUCUCACGCUUGACUAA